AUGAUCGACGGAACACUCCUUCCUUCCUGGUUCCGAAUCCUCCUACUGGGUCUCAGCAUCUACUCAUAUAUACCCCAGCUUCAACUCCUCUGGACAACCAAGAAUAGCUCCAGUCUUUCUCUGUGCUAUCUACUAUUUAAUCUCAUAUGUGCGACCGAACAGUUUCUCCUUGCAUUUAUCUGCAUUAGCAACCCAGAUCCGAAUGUGUUCGUGGAGGAUCGUGGAUCUUUGAGAGACUGGUUGAACCUCAUUCAAAUAACGGUGGUCUGGCUACUCUCUGGCCUCACGUCAUACCCCUCCACCUCAUCCUUCCGCCAGAAGCUCUACGCUGCCUUGUGGUACAUCAUCUUCCUCCUCAUAGCCGUCCUCCCAGCAUUAUGCGUAGCCGCCACACCGGAUCUAAAUAAAGAAGACCCAAGCUGGGCGCAUGAGUUGCUCUUUGUCAUGAUGAGUAGUGUCCAUGUCAUAUUUGUCAGCCCCGUCACGACAAUUCUCGCAUUCGGCGCCCUAUUCUGCCAGACGCCGAAACUGCGGAAAGGAGUGCCGUCGCCGCGGGCUUUGAGUCUUCGAGGACUCGCGCUCCAGACAGGAGUAUUCUCGGUUCUUGCGCUGACUUGGCCCUUCCGUAUCAUAUAUCUCGGACCCGAGUGGGAUAUACUUUCAUCGUGGUUUGCGCUGUUUAAUUGGUAUAUGUUAGUCGGUUGGGUGGCUGUGGACUCUGCGGUCAUUGCACUGGUUCAGGGGAUUCUGCUGUGGUUGGCGUAUAGGAAUAGGAAGUACUGGCGUUUUGAUGAGGGGGAUGAGACUGAGCCGCUGUUGGCUAAUAGGGAAUAA